GGGCUGCGCCGCUGAGACCACAGCCCGGCGCUCCCGGCUCCACGGGAGAAGCAGCCGAGCCAGGUCCCGUGGACAGAGCGGCCCGCGCCGUGCAAGGGGCAUGGAGCUGGGCGCACGCGGGCCAUGGAGCUGGGGCAAGGCCGAGCCGGGAGACUCCCGCGACUAGAGCCUGCUCGCUGCACCAUGGAGCUCGGGCGCCCGGGGAUGAAGCCGCUGCUGCAGCUGCUGCUGCUUCUGGGGGCCAGCCUCCUGCCCGUGAGCGGCCACAUGGAGGCUCGGGUCCAUGCAGAGGAGCGCCUGCUGAAGAAACUCUUCUCUGGCUACAACAAGUGGUCCCGGCCAGUGGCCAACAUCUCGGACGUGGUCCUUGUCCACUUUGGCCUGUCCAUUGCACAGCUCAUUGAUGUGGAUGAGAAGAAUCAGAUGAUGACAACGAAUGUGUGGGUGAAGCAGGAGUGGCAUGACUAUAAGCUGCGCUGGGACCCCAGAGACUACGAGAACUUAACUUCCAUCAGAAUCCCCUCCGAGCUCAUCUGGCGGCCGGACAUUGUCCUCUACAACAAUGCGGAUGGGGACUUCGCUGUCACCCACCUGACCAAGGCCCACUUGUUCCACGACGGGCGGGUGCGGUGGACGCCGCCCGCCAUCUACAAGAGCUCCUGCAGCAUCGACGUCACCUUCUUCCCCUUCGACCAGCAGAACUGCACCAUGAAGUUCGGGUCCUGGACGUACGACAAGGCCAAGAUCGACCUGGUGAGCAUGCACCGCCGCGUGGACCAGCUGGACUUCUGGGAGAGCGGCGAGUGGGUCAUCGUGGAGGCCGUGGGCACCUACAACACCAGGAAGUACGAGUGCUGCGCGGAGGUGUACCCCGACAUCACCUACGCCUUCGUCAUCCGGCGCCUGCCCCUCUUCUACAGCGUCAACCUGCUGGCCCCCUGCCUGCUCGUCUCCGGCCUGGCCGUGCUGGUCUUCUACCUGCCCUCUGAGUGCGGCGAGAAGGUCACGCUGUGCAUCUCCGUGCUGCUGGCGCUCACCGUCUUCCUGCUGCUCAUCACCGAGAUCGUGCCCGCCACCUCCCUGGUCAUCCCGCUCAUCGGCGAGUACCUGCUCUUCACCAUGACCUUCGUCACCCUGUCCAUCGUCGUCACCGUCUUCGCGCUCAACGUGCACCACCGCUCCCCGCGCACGCACUCUAUGCCCGCCUGGGUGCGCCGCGUCUUCCUGGACGUUGCGCCGCGUCUGCUCCUCAUGAAGCGGCCGUCUGUGGUCAAGAACAACUGCCGGCGGCUCCUCGAGUCCAUGCACAAGGUGGCCAGCGCCCCACACUUCUGGCCCGACCCCGAGGGGGAGCCCAGCUUCGAGAACAGAGCCCAGAGCCGGGGCCCCUCACCCACCCUGUCCGUCUGUGGUCCCUGCCAAGCGCCAGUCAGGCCCCAGCCGCCCCGCACGUCACCCUCAGGCCAGGAGGCCAAGGAAGCCAGCCCCUGCCCCUCACCCAGCCCCUGCCGCCCACCCACCAGCACCUGGGCCCCAGGGCUCACCAAAACCCGGUCCCUGAGUGUCCAGCAUAUGUCCAGCCCCAGCAAAACAGCAGAGGGCAGCGUCCGGUGCCGGUCUCAGAGCAUCCAGUACUGCGUUCCCCAAGACAAGGCUGCCUCCCGGGCCAACGGCCCCACAGCUGGCUCCCUUCCCUCCCUGAGGGCUUCCUGGGCCGAGCUCCAGGCCUCUCCCCACAAAUGCAAGUGCAAGGAGCCAUCCACUGGGUCCCUAAAUACUGCGUUCAAAGCCUGCAAUCACCUGCCCCUGUCGCCCGCCGUGGCGCAGGCUGUCAAGGGUGUCCAGUACAUCGCAGAUCACCUAAAGGCAGAAGACAUAGACUUCUUGGUGAAGGAGGACUGGAAGUACGUGGCCAUGGUCAUCGACCGGAUCUUCCUCUGGGUGUUCGUCAUCGUCUGCUUGCUGGGGACAGCCGGCCUCUUCCUGCCACCCUGGCUGGCCGGCAUGAUCUAGGGGCCCCUGCAGGACAUGCAGCCUCUGUGGUCUGUACCUGCUCCCUGAAGGACUGCAUGGUAUGGGGCCAGUCACCUGCCAGGCUGCUCUCAUCUUCUGUCUGCUGCCUCCUGGGGGCCCGUGUGGCUCAGGCGCUGGGCCCUGCCCCAGAGGCAGCCCAGCUAGUAAAUGCUUGUUCUUGCCACAGGGUGGUGUUGCUGCCUAAGUCUUACUAAAGUUUAUCCAGAGUAUGACCACAGGUUGGCUUCCUGCCCCAGAUAUGUGUCCAACUACUCUCCGCAAAUGUCCCAGCAGUGAGAAGUCCCGGGGCCACACCCCUCGGCCCCUCUGAGCCCCAAGUGCCCCUCCUCCUUGGGAUCCCGAGGCCACUGCCUGUCUAGUCGUGUGGGGGCACCACCCCCUGGCCCUCAGGCUUCCUCUCUUUGACCCCACAGAGGUGAGUCAGCAAACACGUGAAUCUCACUUGCUGGGUGCGCCUAAGCAGGGGUUUUAUUUUGUUUUGUUUUUAUAAAUUAGUGAAAACCCAAGUUUUGUGCCCAGGGAGCUUUGAGGAGUGGAGCUUUUAGAGCUGGUCCCACUUGGAGGAGAUUGGGGGGCAGGUCCUCCAUGGGAGACAGACCCUUGGGCUUGGGAAGUCCAGACGUUUGCUUUCCAGGGGUCCUGGGGGAUCCUAGGCAAGCUCUUCGCAGGGGCCUGCAGGUCCCUGUGGGCACUGGCAAUCUGUGAGGGACCUAGAGUAUCAGCCAGGACCCAGGCUCUGGGGUCCCCAUCUGGGCUCCCCUCACCCCCAACACCUCCUUGUGGGCUCUCCUCUGUGCACAACCCCACAGAGACGUCCUCUGGGUCAUACCCAUGAGCAGGGGCUUCUCUGAUGUAGUCAGUAGCCAUGGACCCUGAGGACAGUUCACCCAGAGCCAACUCUGGGACCCUUGGAGCGUGUGGCCCUAGGGUGGGGCCCCUGAGGGGGUGGAGGGGAACCCUCCACAGGCCUCCUACCCUUGGACUGGUCCACUAGGGCCAGCUCAGCCCAAGGGCCUCUGUCACCCCACAAUGCAGGGGCCACCAGCCAAAGCUGGUGGGGGGAUGCCCGAGAGCAAUGGUCCUGGUGACCUAGUAUCAUCCCCCACAGGGCAGAGUGCUGGGCAGCACCAGCAGUGUCCCCUCCGAUCCUGGAAAACAUUGCCCUGGGGGUGGUGUGGGGGGUGCUGCCCCCUCCCUCCUUAAUUCUUUGGAAUUCUCAGUUUCGAAGUUGGGGACAGCCCCACAAGGACACUGAGUGGAGGAAGGAGGCAGCGGGCUGAAGAAGGGAGCUGUUCCUUGUUUCCAGGGUCAAAGUCCCCCUUCUCCAGACCCCAGCGUCCCGGUGUCAGGGCAGCCGUGGGCAGGUUGGAUCUGGGUGUCCUGCCUGGCCGCUGCAUAGGUCACCAGCUUCUUGGGAGAACUGAGGGACUAAUUUGGUGACAUUUGGAGCAGAGCAUACCAGGCCCCCAGUGAGCCUUGUUGCUGCAGAGGGGGGAUUCACUGGUCCCAGGGAAUAGCAGUGCCCGUGCAGGAGACUGGGGGCUGCACCCCUCACCUCGGCACCAUGAGACGGGCACCCUCACCCAGCUAAUGGGAGACGGGGACCUGACUCAGGCCCAGGGGUCCGCAUGCCCAGGAGAGGGAUGCAGAGACCCAUGUCUAAAUCCUGGAGUUCUCUCCUCCCCAGCCCCCCAGGCCAUGUGGGACCCUGCCUGCCCAGUUUUGCUCUGCACCUGCUUCCUGGGGGUGUCGGGGCAUCAGUCCCAGGACACUGGGGCAGUUCUCCAGGGUGGGGGAGUUCACCCAGAACUCUAGGCCCCAGGGCAUCAGGGAUGCAGAUUUCAGAUGUAAGCACCUCAAUCAUCCUUACGUAAGCAGACUCGGCCGCCAGAUGCACCAGCAUCUGCCAGGAGUGGCCCUGGCGCUGGGCCCGGCCCCAGAUGUGCUUUUCUGAGUCGCGAGGGAGACCUGGUACAAAGCUACUGGGACUAUAGAAAAAUGUCAGGAAAUCCGCCACAACAAGUAACCCCAGCCACUAUUUGCCUCCAGUGUGUGCAGUGUUUCCUUAGUGUAAGUUUUACAUAUGACAAAAUGUAUGAUCUAAGGCCUAAAUCGAUACCAAGGACCUAGGGCACCAUUCCACGCGCAGGACACCACCAUGGCCGGCCCCAGGCAGCGCCCCUGCCCCCAGCCUGGGUGUCCAGGUCCCCACUCUUAGGACUCGUGCUGAGACAUGCUGUGAGGUCUUCCUGGGUGUGCCCUCAUCUCUCUGUGUGUUAACCACGUUUUUAUUUUCUGUAUCUUGUGAUAUUUUGACAUCUUGGGAGACACUGCCCUCCCAGGGCUGGUGGACAGCUGGGCUUCAUGUGCAGACUGCCCGUCUAGGGCCAUGCCCCACCCCCUCCUCAUCUCACGCUCAGGCACCAGGCCAGUGUUUCCCGUCCUGCGUCACCCAGGGCCAGGCAAGGGGGGAUAGCCCAGGGCCCCGAGGCCUGCUGGGGCUGUCCUGACCAGCCCCUCCCAAGCUGUGUGCCUGUCCUGUCUGGCCCUCCCCUCAUCCCUCUGCCUCCUGACCGGGGCCGGGCCCCCUACCCAGCAUGGCACGCCCUCUUCUCUCAGGAAACUGCGUAAUAGGUUCUCCUCUCAACAGCACUGGCCCUUCAUGGCGUCCCUUGGUCACCUUUAAGUUAUGAUGGGCACCGAGCACUCCCAGGUACACACUUGUGUGGGGUCACUAGGUCACGGGGUGGACACUCCCACACCCGAGAAGCAUCUCCAGUGAGGGUCAGCUGGAACAGUGUGCUCACUAUUCUUUCAUUUUGUUAACCCUCAGCCAUUGAAUUUUAGAGUGGAAGAGGGGAGAGGGGGAGAGAGAGAGAGAGAAGCAUCGA